AUGGUCAACCAUGGCCCCUCCAAGGGCUGCUCGACAUGUCGCAAACGACGCGUCAAAUGCGACGAGGAGAGGCCAAGCUGUCGUGAAUGCCUCCGGCUGCGACGGGUGUGUGGAGGUUACGAAUCAGAGAAAAAGACAGGCGGGAUUCGGUUCAAGGAACAGGGCACUGGUGGUGGAAGGCUCCUCCCGUCGACGUCGCGCCACGGGCGGUCCAAGAGCUCUCGCAUGUCAACAACACCAGAAUGGUCACGUGCAAGGCAGGCUGUCAUACCAGCAACGAUGACCCCCAGCGACGAAUCAUCCGCUGUCUGCUUCUUCCUCACCUCGAUCGCGGCCCUGGGACGCAGCAUUCACUCUACCCAGGGCUUCCUGGAGCCUCUUUUCCCUGUCGUAGCCAAGGAGCAUCCAGAUUCAGUCCUCUCGACCGUCCUAACCGCCGUGGCAACGAAGCUCUGGAGCAUGUGGAAAACCCCAACAAACAGCUAUCGAACGCCUCAUCCCCCGUUUACCAGGGCAUUGAGUCGCCGCGCGCAGCUCUCACCGAUCCCCUCGCGAGCCCUCGCCACUUGGUGGAAGGACGCUGCGUCAGUUGACGCACAACUCUUGGAUUGGGUUCAGCUGAUGCCGGCCUCAUGGCAGCCUUAUGCAAAACCCGAAGAAGACACCUUUACUUACGCGGGGUUCUGCGACAUAUACCCCACCGUCCAGAUUGCCACCAUUUGGAAUGUAUGGCGCGUUUGCCGGCUCAUGGUCCUACGGAUGCAGCUCUAUCUACUUACGAAAGCGCCCCCCGAAGUGCUGCAGCAAACCAUCUACAAUUUCCCAGAUCCCAAUCGCGGCAGGGAGUUGGUGGACUCCAUCUGCCGGUCCAUGCCGUUUUACCUGGGCAACCGCCAGAAACACGGAGGCAUACACGACUUGGCGGACCCAGCCAUCAGAAUCCCCAACUACCACGACCAAGACUUGGACGAAGCCGUGCGUACGCAAUAUCUCCGAGGGGAUCAGGCGAUGAGCCUCCUCGAUUACAAGCGACAUAUACUGGUUCAAGGCCCUUCGCACGCACUGCUUCACUUGAAUAGCUUGAUCAAAGUACUGUCAAAGGAGGGCGGAGAGCUCAUCAGUCGUGGGCUGCGUGGGGGCCAAGUCGUCUGGAUACAGGAACAGUUUCUCAGGGAUCCCGAUUCUCGGCCAGAGAUGGCCGAGGCAUUCGCGCUUGUCGGCCUCGCAUCGAGCAUUGUCGCAUUCAUUGAUUUCAGUCUAAAGAUUAUCGCCGCUGCCAAGUCGGUUCGAGACUCGGGCCACAAGACACUCCCUAGGGUGCAUGAGAUCGGAGUCGUUCUAGAAGAUGUUCGCCUCUCCAACCUCAGAGUGAUACAAGCGGUUGUUCAAGGCGGUUCACUUUCCGAAGCAGAACGACACAUCAUGGCUAUGGCGACCGAGUGCGACAGAUUGGAACAGGAACUCCGAGGUGUAGUUGAAAAGCUUAAGAUCAACGGCGCCUCGAGAUCCAGGACGAUACAGAGUGCGCGAUUGGCGUUGCGGAUGUACAGGAAAGAAAAAGAAAUCGAGGAACUCCACCGCCGUAUCCUGAACUUGGAUGCUCGUAUCAGGAGCAACCUGCAGAUGAUUUUGGAUAGGAGAAGUAGCUCAGAAACCCUUUCGAAGCUUUCUGCCCUGAAAAGGUCCCAGGAAGAGCUGGGAAUCAAGUACAACUCCAAGCUGGAUAGAAUCCAGGAGAAUAUCCUGCAGCUUUUUGAGAGCGAGCAGGCGCGAGAUGGGCAAUUGGUCGCCUUAAAGAAGCAUCUCGACUCACUGGUCCAGGAAAGCGCAGUCUGCCAGAAGCAAUACCGAGUCAUCAAAAGCCUGUACUUCCCCGAGUUGUUACGCCGCUGGUCCGACAUAACCAAUGCCGACAAGUUCACAAACGACUGGCUCUUCGACUCAACGAAGACAAAGUUUCUGGCGUGGCUCAAGGAUGGGAAGGGCAUAUACUGGAUUAGCGGUAAAGCAGGGAGUGGCAAGUCAACCCUGAUCAAGUUCGCAGCCAAGCACGACCGAACGGCCGCCGCUCUCAAAGAGUGGGCUGGCUCCGCGCAGCUACACACCGCUAGCUUCUAUUUCUGGAACCAGGGAUAUGAGAUGCAAAAGUCUCAAGUCGGCCUUUUUCAGUCGCUGCUUUACCAGAUUCUAAAACAGGCCCCCGAGCUAGCUCAGCUUCUCUGCUCGGACGCCCGCCUGGACCACGAGAGAUGGGAGUUGAAUGACCUCAAGAAAGCAUUUGAAUCUAUCGCGGCGCAGAGCGGGUUGUCCACCAAAUACUGUUUCUUCAUCGACGGACUUGACGAGUUUCACGGAGACGAAGAGACCGUUCUCAGUUUCUUGUCAUACUUCUCCGAUUCCAAAUUGGCGGAUAUCAAGAUCUGCGUGUCGAGCCGGCCGAGGGCCUUGUUCAAGUCCUUUGAACAGAGCGUCAAUUCGCUUAUUGUCCAACACUACACCGAAAAAGACAUGAGAACCCAUGUUCGGGCCGAGCUCCAGAUGAAUGGCAAGUUCAACAAGCCUUCCAAAGGCCGGCUGCGAGGAGAUCAUCGCUCGAGAUUUCCCAGCAAUCACAGGGGCGCCGAACCCGGCUACCGGCCCCCUCCCCCAUCGCCGAGCUCCUUGAUGAAGUUAAUCGGCGUCAACAACAAGCACGCAGAUCGGCAUCUUCUACGGAGCAACAGGGCUACUCUUUGGGAAGCGCAGUACUUUGAGGAGGGGACAGCUUCCUCGCGCUUGCCAUCGAGGCACUGGUUGGUGAGGUAUGUCCGGGCCAAGCUCGCGGCCGGCCCCCGACCACCGCAGAAACAGGGCCGACCGCUGUUGGAUACUGCUCUCCGUCCGAUCAAUAAGCUGUUCCAUCUCAAUGGAGGCCCGCGGAUGGUGGACGUUGAUAUAGUUCGCCUGCUGCUGGAGCACAAUGAAAACCCAAACCAAAGUUCGGAUAUCUUUGGUCGGAGGACUGUGUGGGUGCUUUUUCUGACGUCGUGCGUUGCGGGAUUGAAAAGUCAUGAACUCACCGCGGCCGUGAGGGAGUCGUGGUACCAGGCGAGUGCGUUGCUUUGCCUAUAUGGCGCAGAUCCGCAGGCACAGUUUGAGGACGAUGAUUCGUUGACAGUCGAGAGUGUUUUAGAGAAGCUAUUUGGAAGUGACCAGACGCGGAAACUCCAAAAGCUGAUGGCUGAGUACCGGACGCGGCAGCUCAAAGAGUCGAUGGCUGAGCAUCACGAGCCGAUCGCUGAGCAUCACGAGCCGAUGUCUGAGCAUCAAGAGCCGAUGUCUGAGCAUCAAGAGCCGAUGGCUGAGAAUCAGGAGCCGAUGGACCUGACAAACAGGGGUUCUUGGUUUCCGAGUCUAAAUAUCAAGCGGUGGUUAUGGUAA